UAAAUACGUCGCACUGUAUAUAAAUGGAAAUAUUGAGGUUCGAGGUUUUCAGCCUUUGAGACAGCAAUACUAACCGAGCAGAAGAGUCCGGUUUUGGCAUCAGUAGUAGACGCAAGUGUUAACAGCUUUUGUAAUUCUCGACACAUUUUGCCAUUGAAUUGAGGUGUUUUUAGAUCAUGUCUCGACGCGAAGUGGAGUGGAAUGAGUUCGCGGAGAUGAAUAGAGACUGUGUCAAGAGGGCCAAAUUGAGCGAAGGCUCGUACCUUUCCGAAGGCGAUGAACUGUGCGUGUCCGAUUCGGAGACCAGUCAGGCGGGAGAUGGGCCGGACCCGCUGGUGCCCGACGAGGUGGAUCCGCUGGACGCGUUCAUGGAGGAUUUGAACGAGGCCCUGAGCGUGCAGAGAGCGGAGGCGGAGAGUUUGGGGGCAGGCGGGGGGAGGGAGGGGAACAGGGCGGGCCAGAGGGAGGAGAUUAUGGUGGAAGAGGACCACAUGGAGAGUUUCGUGAAGCAGAGGGCGAUGAGGUUGGCGAAGGAGGAGAAGCAGGGACAGGCGCAGGCGCAAGACGAUCUGGAGUACGAUUCCGACGACAAUCCGGUGGUUAGGAAGAGGAUGAUAGAGUUGUUGCCGGUGUUGAAUCACAGCGAGAUCGUUUACGAGGAUUUCAAGCGCGACUUUUACAAGGAGGACCCGGAGAUUUCGGCGCAGAGCGAGGAGGAGGUGAAUGCUCAGAGGAAGAGGAUGGACGUGCGCGUGGAGGGAACAGGGGUCUGUCGUCCCGUGUUGGAGUUUGAGCAGUUGGGAUUUGAUUCUAUUUUGUUGAAGACGAUUCAGCGUUUGAAUUUCACGGAAUUGACGCCGAUUCAGAAACAGGCAAUACCGAUGGUGCUAUCCGGCAGGGACCUGAUAGGGGUGGCCAAGACGGGUUCUGGGAAGACGGCAGCGUUCGUAUGGCCGAUGUUGGUCCACCUGAUAAAUCAGAGGGGAUUGAGCCCGGGAGAGGGCCCGAUCGCCGUGAUUGUGUCUCCCACGCGGGAAUUGGCGAUGCAGACGUACGACGAAGUGCGGAAAUUCGGAAAGGGGUACGGGGUUCGGGCGGUGCCCGUGGUUGGAGGAAUCGGACGCGGAGAGGUGAGGAGAAUGCUCAAGAUGCAGCCGUGUGAGGUCGUCGUGGCUACGCCAGGGAGGCUGAUAGAAACCUUCAAGAACAAACUGAUUUCCAAUAUGAGAAUCACUUAUUUUGUCUUAGACGAAGCGGACAAGAUGUUUGACAUGGGCUUCGAGCCUCAAGUUCGAAGCAUUUCCGGCCAAAUCCGUCCGGACCGCCAAACGCUCCUGUUCUCGGCCACCUUCAAGCCGGCAAUCGAGCAGCUGGCAAGGGAAAUCCUACACGAACCAGUCCGCAUCACCAUCGGCAAAGUCGGCACCGCCAACGAAGACAUCACCCAAGUCGCCGAAAUAUUCGACUCGGACAACCAAAAAUGGCCGUGGAUCUGCAUGCACAUCCGGGACUUCAUACUCGACGGAUCGGUCCUCAUCUUCGCCGGCAGCAAAGUCAACGUGGAAGAACUAAGCAAGCGCCUGCUCUCGGACCUCCAAAUCCCGUCCGUAGCGCUUCAUGGCGACUGCAUCCAAGAAAAGCGCCUCUCCAUGAUCCACGCGUACAAGCAGCAAAAAGUCAAGGUCAUGUUCGCCACGGACAUCGCCGCCCGCGGCCUAGACGUCAAGUGCAUUCGAACCGUCGUCAACUACGUCCCCACCAGGGACAUCGACUCACACAUCCACAGAAUUGGACGCACCGGGCGCGCCGGCAACACACAGGGAAUAGCGUACACCCUGCUCACGAAAAACGAAAGCCACUUCGCCGGCCUUCUCCUAGAAAACUUCAUCGACUCGAAGCAAGACAUCCCCGAGGAACUAGUUCAGCUCGCCCUCGAAGACCCAAAAUUCAAGAAAAAAAUCGACAACCUCCCUUACAGCAAGUACAAAAAAUUCAAGCCCUACGUGGAAAAGAAAGCCAGCGCGCACCAACCAACACCCGCCUCCGCCAACCACCACCAAUCCCAUCACCACCAUCCACGACAGCACCAAAAACGCGACUUCUCCACGCCGCAGGCGUCCUCCUAUCGGCCCCUGCAGCCGCAGCUAUUCGUCAAGUCGUCCCAAGAGUACACCAACCUCGCAGACGACGACGCCGCCCCCGCAACCCCCAAAGCAACCGGAUGCGGAAUUGUACGACCCUUUCAAAGAUUGAACCGCAGCUCAUAAAAUCGCGUCCAAAAACCCUCAUGACCCCCGCACACCACCUAUCAUAUGUACCAUAUAUAAAUGUAUCUCCACCAGAUGUGCUAGGAAGAGACGCAGGGCCGGCCCCUCGUCUCAAAAAGAACCCUAGCUCGGCC